GCCGACGGGAGCACCGGGCGAAACCGAACCUUCGCCACCUAACUUUAGGCUUCACACUUCCCGUAUCAUCAUCAUCCAGCCAUCCUCCAGAUAGAAGCACACCGCAACCAAUUCGACAACAGCACAUCGUUACGGUUAACUAAACCGACAACCAUGGUCCCCCACUUCGAGUUCCCGCCUGCAAGCCCGGACUCGUUCUCACGACCUCGGCCCCGGCCUCCCCGGUCACCGGGCCACUCGGCUCAGAUCCGGGCGCAGAAUCGGAGGAGAGCAUACCUGGACAGCCACCCUGACUACUUCCAGUCCGCUGACCACGAGCUUGCCGACCCCCUGCUCUACGACUUCCUCAUCCGGCGCUUCCAGACGCCCGCCGAGCGCGAGGCCGACGGCCGCGCCAAGGGCUACGCCCGCGUGCUGGAGGGCUCGCUGCUGCGCGGCGAGGAGCGCCUGGCUAAGCUGCGGGCUGCGCAGCCGGUUGGGUCUCGGCAGCAGCGGCGGCGGCGGCAGCGGCGGAACGGGAACGGUGCGGAAGAUGCAGAUGAUGCGGAUGAUGUGGAUGAUGCGGAUGAUGUGGAUGCUGUGGAUGCUGAGGAAGAUGCUGGCUCCCCUGGCGGAAGCGGUGGUGGAGGUGUCGACGGCGGUGGUAUGCCGAGGGCACGGGCGACGGCGGAUGAUGAAGCCGAGGCGGGGACGACGUUCAGCAGCCUGAACGCGGAGCUCACGCCGCCGCCGAAGACGCGGGAGGAAGGGAGGGCGCAGUGGGUGGAGUUCCUGCGGGACCGGUUUAUCCGCGGGGAGGACGAGGACUUUGACUACGCGGCGGUGGAUGGAGAUGAGGGGUACGAUGUGCUGGAGCGGGAAGACAGGGAGGAGGCGUGGUUUGAGGAGGAGGAGCCGGAGUGGGCUAGUGAUGGGGAUGGUAGUAGUGAUGAGGGCGAGGGCGAGGGCGGCCGCCACGGAGGCAAGGCAGAGAGGGUGCUGAAGGGGGAGACGGGCAUACAGGACUUUUAAGAGUUUGUGCUGGUGUGCGAAGUUGCGAGGUAAUGCCGAGUAAGUGGCCACGUUCAAUUGACGUUCUGAUUCUGUGGAUGGUCCCCCAACGUAUUCAUCCUUUCCAGGUGUUGUCCAACAGGCUA